AUGGCACGGAUACAUGCAGAAAGGCUCCGUGUCACGAUUGGAUAUGAGGGUUUGUUUUAUGUGGAUAAUGCCGGGAUGAGUGGUGGUAUGGCGUUGUUUUGGAGGAAGAAUAAUUCGGCAUCUUUGUUGGGUUAUUCUAAGAAUCAUGUAGAUGUGGAGGUAAGGGCUCAGAAUGGUAAACAGUGGCGAAUGACAUGUUUCCAUGGGCAUUUGGAUCACAGUAGGACGUGGGAGUCCUGGGGUUUGUUGGAAAGUUUGAAGGCUAAAUCCUUGCUGCCCUGGGUGGUCAUAGGGGAUUUUAAUAAUCUUCUAUUUCAGUAUGAGAAAAGAGGAGGGAAUCCGUACCCGAAUCACCUCUUACGAGGCUUUGGGGAGACCUUAGAUGGUUGUGGUUUGAUACAGUUACCUAUGUGGGGCCAUCAGUUUACUUGGGAGAAGAGUAGAGGGACGGACAAUUGGAUUGAGGAGAGACUGGAUAAGGUUUUAGCCACAGCUGAUUGGUGUGGGCUAAACGACCAUGUAGACGUGGAAAACAUCAUAGCUCGGCCUUCAGAUCACUCGGCCCUCUUUCUUAGUAUGGAUGCGCCAUGCAUACGUGGGGGAAGAGUUGCGAGGAGAUUUAGGUUUGAGAUGGCAUGGCUCCAGGAUGAGGGGUGUAGGGGGGUGGUGGCAGCGGCCUGGCAGGGAGGGAGGGUUGAGGGGUUGCUGAAUUGUCAGCAACGGUGUGGGGAGAGGUUGAUGAGGUGGGGUGGAGAGAACUUCCAUAAGUUUGGAGAGCGUAUUGGGAGGUUGAAAAAGAGACAGGGAGCUAUCCGGAAUAGGAGGGACCCGGCCGCGUUGGCCGAGUUCCACCAGAUCGAUGUGCUCUUAGCCCGACUGGAGGCGCAGGAGGAUGUGUUCUGGAGACAACGAGCAAAGCAGCACUGGCUACGUGGUGCAAAUGCAAAUACGAGGUUCUAUCACAGGUAUGCUUCUGCUCGUAAAAAAAAGAAUACUGUGAAUAGAAUUUUGAAUAAUGAUGGCAUGUGGGUGGAGGGGAAUGAUAUGUGCUCUGUUAUCCUUGACUAUUUUCGACAAAUUUAUACAACUGAGAGUACUGCUUUUGAUGAUGCUAUGCUUGAUAAUUUUGCCCCGCGAGUAACGCAUGCUCAGAAUGAAUAUUUAUUGCGUCCGUUUGGACCAGAAGAUGUGAAAGAGGCAAUAAGUUCCAUGUAUCCUGACAAGGUGCCUGGCCCGGAUGGAUUGAAUCCAGGCUUUUACCAGCACUUCUGGGAUGUAGUAGGGGGGAUGUGCAAUCUUCCUGAAGGCGUAAAUGAUACAAAUAUUGUUCUAAUCCCCAAGAAGAAUGUGCCGGAAAGGGUCGCUGAUAUGAGACCGAUUGCUCUUAGUAAUGUUAUUUACAGGGUAAUGGCUAAGAUGAUAACAAAUAGGAUGAAACCACUAAUGGGGGGCCUGAUCUCAGAGUCUCAAAGUGCGUUUAUUCCCGGGCGCCUGAUCAUGGAUAACAUCCUUGUUGCAGCAGAGGUGGGGCAUUAUUUGAAUAGGAAGCAAUGUGGGCUAACAGGAUGGAGUGCCUUAAAGCUUGAUAUGUCGAAGGCGUAUGACAGGAUGGAGUGGGCGUUUUUGCAGAGAAUGCUGUGUGCUUUUGGGUUUGAUCAGCGGUGGGUUACCCUUAUUAUGCAUUGCGUCACAACUGUGAGAUAUACGAUUAUGGUUAAUGGGGUGGCUGGUGGGCAGAUAACACUUACGCGUGGGCUCAGGCAAGGGGAUCCUCUAUCUCCUUAUUUGUUUAUUAUUUGUGCAGAAGGGCUUUCUAUGCUUUUACAGAAAGCACAGAUGGAUGGAGCAAUACAUGGUUGUAGGGUGGCAAGAGGAGCACCCCUGGUGUCCCAUCUAUUUUUUGCAGAUGAUAGCCUACUGUUUUUCAAAGCUAAUAUUGAGGAGGCUGAUGUAAUUAGACAGUACUUACACCAAUAUGAGAGAUUGUUUGGUCAGAAAGUGAACUAUGACAAGUCCAGUAUAUGUUUUAGUAGGAAUACUCAUGAAGAAAUAAAGGGGGAGGUGGCGGCGUGUUUAGGGGUGAACCAGGUGGCUAACUUUGGAAAAUAUUUGGGUCUCCCAUCGUUUGUAGGCAGGAAUAAGAGAGCUGUUUUUUCCUAUGUGGAGGAUAAGAUCAGACAAAGAAUUGGUUCGUGGAGUAAAAAGUUGCUUACUCAGGCUGUUUGCACAUCGAUUGAAAGGACCAUGAACAGAUAUUGGUGGGGUUCUGGAACGGAUAGGAAGAUACAUUGGAAAGCUUGGGAUAAAUUGUGUAUCCCUAAGAAAUAUGGGGGACUGGGAUUUAAGGAUCUACGGGCUUUUAACUUGGCAAUGUUGGAAAAGCAGGCAUGGCGGUUCCUCACAGAGCCUACUACUUUGGCAGCAAGAAUAUAUAAAGCCAGGUAUUAUCCGAAUACAUCUUUUGUUGAUGCUACCAUAGGGAAUUGCCCAAGUUUUUGUUGGAGAAGUAUAAUGGCUGCACAUGGAAUGGUUUGUUCGGGAGUAAGGAGGCGAGUAGGAAAUGGUGAAAAAACAUUGAUAUGGGGGCAUCCCUGGUUACCAGAUAGUCCCAGUCCGUUGGUCCAAACAAUAAUGCAUGAGGAGUUACGACAUGCCCAUGUUGCAGGUUUGAUUGACCGGCAGACUAAUACCUGGGAUCCGCAUAUUCUGGCUGAUUUAUUUAUCCCUGAGGAUGUGGCACGCAUUUCUAUGAUCCCUGUUAGCCCGGACUAUGAGGACACAUGGUAUUGGAAGGGAGAGAUGAAUGGAAUAUAUUCGGUUAAAAAUGCCUAUAGGCAGAUUAAGGGGGAUUAUGAGCAUAGCCCAGGUGAUUUUGAUAAAUGGGUUACUCUAUGGAAGCUGAGAGUGCCACCCAAAUGGAAAACCUUCUUGUGGAGAGCAGUUUGUGAUAUCCUCCCUACUACAAACAAUCUAAUACUGAGAAGAGUUGAGAUUGAGCCGAUUUGCCCAAUGUGCCAAGGGGCGCAAGAAAACGCCAUGCAUGCGUUACUCUUGUGUGAUUAUUCUAAAUUAGUAUGGUGUUUGUCGGGGUUGCCUGUUACCAAUAUACUUACUAAUUCAUUGUCGACAUGGCUUAUGGGAGUUUUUACUGUCUUAACAGAGGAACAGUGUGGCCUAGCUGUGGCUAUACUGUACGCUAUUUGGAGUGCCCGCAAUGCUGCGGUAUGGGAACGUGCUCUCCAAAGACCGAGUCGGACAUGGCACCGAGCGGUGGCAGCCAUGCAAGCAUACCGACGAUCGCGCCCCCUGGCGACUGCACCGGCACCUACUGCCUUGACCGAGCAAGCUGGCAGCAACGUCCCACGUUGCUACGUCGAUGCUGGUUUCAGACCGGGUACUGGAGAGGCGUCAUUCGGAGUAGUGCUCGUCUCGCACCAUGGCUCAUUUAUUGCGGCAACAAAUGGACGGCUGGCUGGGGCUUUUUUGGCUACUAUGGCCGAAGCGCUCGCUUGCAAGGAGGCACUAUCUUGGCUUAAGGGUCGGGAUAUCAUGGAGGUGGACAUCUUAACGGAUUGCAUAGACUUACGAAAUAUUCUACACUCAGGCCGCGCGGCUAAAUACUCCUACCUUGGGAUCAUCGUGGACCAGUGCAGGACGGCUAUAUCGUUGUUUACGAAAUGUUCUUUAAGUUACGUUUCUAGGAAUUUAAAUUUACAUGCCCAUACUUUAGCUUCUCUAGCUUUCGAUCAGGAUCAAACUAUGUAUUGGGACUCUGUUCCUCCUGACUCUAUCAUUCACUUUAUUCAUUAA